GCGAGGGCUCAGUCCGCGGCGGCGCGGGCGGAGAGGGCGCAGCGGAGGGGAGCCCGGCGCCGCCGAUCCCGUGGGACCCAGCGCGCCCGCCGCGCCCCUCGCGCCGCCUGCGUUGCGCCGCCGCCUCGGCUCCCCGCUCACAUGCCCCGCCGCCGGCCCGGCGCCCCCUGGGGCCGCGUCCCCAUGAGCGCUCCGGGGCGCUGAGCCGCCGAGGUCCGGAGCCGCCGGCCGCCAUGCGCUGGGCUUGGGCCGUCGCCGUGGCCCUCCUGUGGCCGCAGCUGGCACACCUCGGGGGCGUCGGGGCCCGGCGCGAGCCCAAGGGGCCGCGGCAGCCUAGGCAGCGCCUCGAGCCCCCCAACGCCACCGCGCCCAACAGCGAGGGGUACCCGGCCUUCCACAAGCUGCCUGAGGCCUCAGAGCCUGAGUUCUCAGAUGCCCACAAAACAUGGCUGAACUUUGUCCGGCGUCCAGACGAUGGGCCCUUGAAGAAACGGUGCCGAGGCCGGGACAAGAAGUCGAGGGGCCUCUCUGGCCCCCCAGGGCCUCCUGGGCCUCCUGGCCCCCCAGGCCCCCCCGGAGCAGAAAUCACUCAGGAGGCGCUCCUGCGGGAGUUUCAGGAGAUGCUGAGAGAGGCCACCGAGCGCCGGUUCUCGGGGCUGCUGGGCCCGUUCCUGCCCGAGGAUGCGGGUGGGAGGCUGGUGGCCGAAGCCUUCCACUGCCGGCUGAAGGGCCCCGUGCUGGUGGACAAGAAGACACUGAUGGAGCUGCAGGGCUUCCAGGCUCCCACUGCCCAGGGUGCCUUCCUGCGGGGGUCUGGCCUGAGCCUGGCCUCGGGCCGAUUCACAGCCCCAGUGACUGCCAUCUUCCAGUUCUCUGCCAGCCUGCACGUGGACCACAGGGAGCCGCAGGGCAGGGCUCGGCCGCGGGCCCGGGACACAGUGCGAGUGCUGGUCUGCAUCGAGUCCCUGUGCCAUCGCCACGCGUCCCUGGAGGCUGUCUCAGGCCUGGAGAGCAAUGGCAGGGCCUUCACGGUGCAUGCACAGGGGCUGCUGCAGCUGCAGGCUGGACAGUACACCUCUGUCUUUGUGGACAACGGCUCUGGGGUGGCUCUCACCAUCCAGAGUGGCUCCAGCUUCUCUGGCUUGCUCCUGGGCGCGUGAGGGCAUCGUCAGAGGCUGAGAGGACUUCCUGAGGGCCUCAGGGAAGCUGCCCCACCUGCCCACACCUGCUGCCCUCUGUUAAACCUGUGGUCAUGGCAAUAAAGAGCCCCCAGCCUC